CGUUGGGAAACGAUCCUGAGAGCCUGUUAGAGAGAGGUUAUAAAAGGACACAAAUCUCUCAUGUAUUUUGGUUUCUUUGCUGCUACACUUUUUUUCUCAACACACAAACAGAGAUUGAAAGCGAGAGUUUGAAAAUGGAAAAGGCAGGAGGAGUAGUAGCAGCAGCACCAACGAACACGGUGGUUUCGGCGAUGGAUGCAUUCGAGAAGCUAGAGAAAGUAGGAGAGGGAACGUACGGUAAAGUGUACAGAGCAAGGGAGAGAGCCACUGGAAAAAUCGUUGCUCUCAAAAAGACACGUCUCCAUGAAGACGAUGAAGGAGUCCCACCCACCACUCUUCGUGAAGUCUCCAUCUUGCGUAUGCUCUCCAGAGAUCCUCACGUCGUCCGUUUGAUGGACGUGAAACAAGGGCAGAAUAAGCAAGGCAAGACAGUUCUGUAUCUGGUUUUUGAGUACAUGGACACCGAUCUCAAGAAAUUUAUCCGAAGCUUCCGCCAAACUGGAGAGAACAUUCCUGUAAAAAAUGUGAAGAGCUUGAUGUAUCAAUUGUGCAAGGGUGUGGCUUUCUGCCAUGGCCAUGGAGUCUUACACAGGGAUCUUAAGCCUCAUAACCUGUUGAUGGACCGCAAGACAAUGAUGCUUAAAAUAGCUGAUCUUGGACUAGCUCGAGCAUUUACACUUCCUAUUAAGAAGUAUACCCAUGAGAUAUUGACUUUGUGGUAUAGAGCUCCUGAAGUCCUUCUGGGGGCUACCCAUUACUCAACUGCAGUGGAUGUAUGGUCUGUUGGCUGUAUAUUUGCUGAACUGGCGACAAAGCAACCACUCUUCCCUGGAGACUCUGAACUACAACAGCUCCUGCAUAUUUUCAGGUUAUUAGGUACUCCAAAUGAAGAAAUGUGGCCAGGAGUAAGCAACCUGAUGAACUGGCAUGAGUAUCCCCAAUGGAAACCUCAGAGUUUGUCGUCAGCUGUAACUAAUUUGGACAAGGAUGGGCUGGAUCUACUAUCACAAAUGUUGCAGUAUGACCCUUCAAAGCGUAUCUCAGCAAAGAAAGCCAUGGAACAUCCUUACUUUGAUGAAUUGGAGAAGGAAUGUCUCUAAGAAACACAAUGGCGUGAUUAGGAUGGGCAGCCUUGUUUUGAUGAUCAUAGGACCAGCUAAAAGAAGUUCUGUCUGAAAAUCUAUUUGCUUCACUCAAGCAUCCUACUGAAAGGAAUGCCUCUAAGAAACACAAUGGUGUGAUUAGGAUGGGCAGCCUUGUUUUGAUGAUCAUAGGACCAGCUAAAAGAAGUUCUGUCUGAAAACCUAUUUGCUUCACUCAAGCAUACUACUGGUCAAAUCAUGUUAUAUUUGUCUUAGGAUGAUUGGUUAAUGUUGAAUCUUCAUCAAUUUAAUGCCAUUAUUGCUUGCCAUUUCUAUCAAA